GCUCAAUUGUUCUUCAUAUCCAAUGGUCUAUCGGUUGGAUUCGCAUCCAUUCAGACGCUCACAGAUAAGUCGACUGGUCUUAAGAAAGGCAUUAAAGGAGACUUAACAACACUUCGGCCAACAAUCAUGACAGCGGUUCCUCUCAUUUUGGACAGAAUUCAAAACGCUAUCGAAAGCACUAUUAAUAAGAGUAGAUUCGCAAGAAUUUUCUUCGCUAUCUUUUUCUCUCAGAAGAAAUUCUGGAGUUAUUAUGGUUUAGACACGCCUUUAAUUAACCUAAUAUUUUGCCGUAAAUUCAAAGCAGCGUUAGGGGGAAGAGUCAAAAUCAUAGCCUGUGGCGGAGCACCUCUUUCACCAGAAACCCACCAAUUUAUUCGCAAUUGUUUUGACUUAAAGUUAUUACAGGGCUAUGGAUUGACAGAAACGUCAGCCUCGGCUACUAUUAUGUCAUUGGAUGACACGAGUGUCGGGUUUGUGGGCCAACCACUCGAUGGCAUUCAAAUCAAACUCAUUGAUUGGGAAGAAGGAAAUUAUAAAGUGACGGACAAACCAAACCCUAGGGGAGAGAUUGUGAUCGGCGGACACAACGUUACGAACGGUUAUUAUAAAAACGAAACGUUAACUAAAGAGUCGUAUAAAGAAGAGAAUGGAGUCAAAUGGUUCCUAACCGGAGAUAUAGGAGAGAUGUUUCCAAACGGAUCUUUAAAGAUAAUCGACAGGAAAAAGGAUAUCAUAAAGUUGUCAACUGGAGAGUACAUCUCAUUGGCUAAAAUUGAAGCCGAGCUAAAGAAGUGUCCAUUCAUUGCCAAUGUCUGUGUUUAUGGAGAUUCGAGCAAAGAAUAUGUGAUUGCAUUCAUUAUUCCGAAUGCAAGUCAUUUGAAAUCAUUGGCCGACAAGUUAUCCAAAAGUGGAUUAAGUUUCAAAGAGUUGUGUAAUGACAGUGAGAUCACAGCCGGUGUCUUGCAAUCAAUCCGUCAAAUCGCCAAACAUUCAAAGUUACAUAAAGUGGAGAUUCCCAACAAAAUAAAGCUCUGUUCAGAGGAAUGGCUUCCGGAGAAUAAUUUGGUCACUUCUGCCCUUAAGUUGAGGCGAAAAAAUAUUCAAGAUUUUUAUCAAAAAGACAUUCACUUAAUGUACGGAAACGAACACAAACCUUAG